UCUUUUAAGGUCGAAUGCUCAUAAGGUUGCAGCCUUGGGACACAGCUUUCGUUUGGUCAUAGUCACGUGACAUGGGUGUUUUGAAUCACGCUUCGGAUCAGUGGUUUCGACACAUCUGCGCUUCGGGAUCUCGCAAAGCUUCGGAACGACUGUUUCGCGUCAGCCAUCCCUGGUGCUGAGUGGGUCAGACCUCUCGAAUAGGAGGGGCAGUUUAUGGUUGCUUAAUUAUUACCCGUCUUUACCCAGCUCAACGACUAAUUACGUUUUGCUUAAUUGUUAAUUUAAAGGAGCGGAAAGUGUCCGAAGGCGCCCACGGUAAAGCGGGAUUGGUUUGCAGAUUUGGCUCUUUAAUUUAAACGAGGACGAUGACAGAAAGUUUUCUAUUGCAUCUCUUUAUCCUGACUUUAAUAGCAAAGUUUAGUGAUGUUAGCGCCUCUCCGCGGAGCUCUGACCCCCGUAUACGCUACCCAUCCAGUCGGUCGCAGACAAGUGAACAUUACAAGCCCUCAAAACAAGCAAAAGAUUCACCCUGGAGACCUUAUACGCGUGUUAAAACUGUAGCCGUUUUUUGUCACGAGAAUAUCAUGGAGAUUAAAAUUAAAACGGAUCUGUUUGAUGUGGGUUUACCCGUGGAUCCUACGGAGCUGCGGCUCGGCAUUGACACUCAAUUGGUUCCUUCGUGUAAAGUGGUCGCGUUUUCUUCUAACGCGUACAUUAUAGCGGCUGAUCUUACAGACUGUGGCACUCAACAUUGGAUUACAGAUGAGUCUCUUAUCUACACCAACCUCCUCAUCUUCUCUCCACAACCAUCACUGGAUGGAGUGAUUCGCUUUGAGGAGGCCAUAGUUCCCAUUGAAUGUUAUUACAGCAGGAAGUUUGAUGUAAACAGUAACCCCAUCAGACCAACAUGGAUUCCUUACAGUUCAACACAAUCUGCAGUGGAAGACUUGCAGUUUUCACUAAAGCUAAUGACAAGUGAUUGGAGCUCUGAACGGGCAUCUGCUGUGUAUUUUCUUGGUGACAUCAUAAACAUGGAAGCCUCAGUUCUUGAAAAACAUCACGCUAAUCUCCAUGUGUUUUUUGAGAGCUGUGUUGCCACAGUGACUCCUGAUAUUAACUCUGUUCCCAGAUACACAUUUAUUGAAAACCAUGGGUGUUUUGUGGAUGGACAGCUAACAGGCUCAAAAUCUAGUUUCCUGCCCAGAAUUCAGAAUAACAAGCUCCAACUCCAGCUGGAUACUUUUAACUUCUACAAAGAGAAGAGGCCACAGAUAUACAUCACUUGUACUCUUCAAGCUUAUCCUGUAAUGGAUGUAGUUAAUCUUAUUCAUAAAGCAUGUUCCUUCAUCGAUGGAAGCUGGAGUUCUGCUGAUGGAGGUGACUGGGCUUGUUACACCUGCAAAAAACAGGAGUUUGCUCCGUCCUUCCGUGCCACACAGACACAAUCUUCUUCUUCUCCCAAAAUGGACCAGACCUUAUCUAUCCAAAGGCUCAGCAAGAUCCAGCCCAGAAUGCAGGAGGGUUCAAGAGGUUCAGCUAAAUUUAUGCAGACACCAAUUGAGGCUGCUCCAUCCUGGAGGAGGUUAAAUAUCCCUCAGGACGAGAGUGGAUUAGUGGGAGGGGAACAGAAAUCUCUGGGUCCACUGGCCAUAUUUUCAAAGAAAACUAAAAUGGGUUUUUUGACUCCACCAAGAGUGAAGGAAGGUGUUCCUCCUUUGCCCUCUUUCAAGGAUCAAUUGCCAAUGCCUCAUGGCAGCCUAUGGAAAAAUGACUUUGAAGAAAACAUAACUCAUCUCACCUCCAUGGAACAAACUGUACAACCGGUUAUCACUAAAAGUGAAGCAGAUUCCCAGGACCUGGAGGAUGAUGGUGAGGAAGAGGGGGGUGAUAAAGAUGAUUAUGGUGAGGAUAGUAAUGCUGCAGAUAAAGAUGGCCAUGAAGAAGAAAAAGAUGCUGGAAAAGAUAAUAAAGACAUGUGGAAGACCAAAGUCUUGCCAGAAGAAGAUUUUGAAGAGAUUUUUACAACUCCUACCCCUGCAAAUGAGAAACCCUUUGAAGCACACAAACUGACCACAAACUCUUCACUGUUGGAUGAGGUGGAGUCUGCUGAUGCUUAUCACGCUCUUAAAGACUUAUAAACUUAUUAAAUCUCAAGACUAUAGAUGCUGCUAGAUGUGUAAACUGUGGUUCAAAACUAAUGCAUAUAAAACAGCCAGAAAUCAAUACAUAAUAAAUUAUACAUGUUCAAAUUUGUAAUUAUUUCAUAAAUUUCUGUUUCACAUUCCUUAUUUGAAUGAACUGAAUAUUCACACACUUAAUGGAUAUAUUACUGCUCAUUGUUUAAGUGUAUAUGGCAGUGGCUGUUCUAGACAAAUUUCACUAGAGGGGCCAGUGUUUAACCAGAGGGGCACAUUAAA